AUGCACUCUUCGACCAGCAAGAAAGUUUAUGCCGAAACUAGUACGUCUUCAAUGUGUACUGUGAAAAUUCUUCUUAAUAAACCUAAUGCUUACAAUUUAAUGUUAGUUACCAGCUUUCCGGAAGAAUAUGAAGAAUAUGUUCUCUCCAACAUUAUCAAUCAUACACUUAGAUUAUCAGAUUUCAAUCUAGGAAAGCUUAAAGGAAUUCCAAUCUCGUCUGAACCUUCAUUGAUAAGUUGCAUAUCGUAG